GUGGAGUGAGGGGUCCAUGAUCAGCUGGUUAAUAAGCCGCCGGUUUGAGGAAGAGGAUGAAGAUGGUGGAGGAUGAAGAGGAGCCGUGGACACGCUGCGGCCGAUAAACCGGAGACAAACACGGAAACCUGUCGGAACAACUUUCCCCGGGACACAGUGGAAGUCCGGGGCCGCAGGUGUGGAGCAGGAUCCCGGGUCAUGGUGCGGCGUGGCGGGGCCGCGGAGCCGCUGAGGCCGGGGUCCGGUCACAUCAAGAGACCGAUGAACGCCUUCAUGGUUUGGUCCCAGGGCGAGAGGAGGAAGAUCAUGGAGCGGUCCCCAGACACGCACAACGCCGAGAUCUCCAAGCGGCUCGGGAAGCGCUGGAAGAUGUUGAAGGACACCGAGAAGACCCCGUUCAUCCGGGAGGCGGAGCGGCUCCGGCUCCAGCACAUGGCCGACUACCCGGACUACAAGUACCGGCCCAAGAAGAAGCCCAAGACGGACGGCUGUACGUUUCCUGCGGGGAAGCCAGCCGCUCAGUCCCCGGAGAAAAGACCCGCUCAGAAAAACUCCGCCAAGAAACUGUCCAAGUUAAAGUCCGGUAAAGCGGCGGCGGGUCCCGGCAGAGCGAGCAGCCGCCCCCCGCCGCCCCCGGACCCCCGGUACCGGUACGUGUUCACCAGCAGCUUCAAAAAGCUCGUUAAACGGGAGUUCACCGAUGAUGAGGAGGAUGAAGACUCCGAGGAGGAACCGGAGCUGAGAGUGGAGGAGGACGACGAUCCGUCCCGCUACAACCGGAGCCUGUGCUCCGCCGAACCGGAGGGAAGCGGCCGCCUCUUCUACAGCUUCAAGAACAUCACCCGCCAGGGCAGCGGCUCCUCCGGACACCCGGCCCCCCUGUCCCCCUGCUGCGGGGAGGACCCGGACCAUCUCCCCGCAGUUGGGAGCGACUACACCCUGAGCCUCGUGGCCGAGCUCCACGCCUCCUCGGAGCCGUGGAGCUCGUCCUGCAGCCCGGGGAACCUGAGUCUGUCUCUGGUGGACAAAGACUUGGACUCGUGCAGCAGUGAGGGCAGCCUCGGGUCCCACUUUGACUUCCCGGACCACUGCACCCCGGAGCUCAGCCAGAUGAUCGCCGGAGACCGGCUGGAGGACAACCUCUCCGACCUGGUGUUCACCUACUGAUCCCGGGGCGGGGGAAGGAACCAGCCCGGUGUCCCGGGGCUGUGGAGCUCCAGAGCCGCUCAGGGACCGGGGGGGCCCGAGGCUGCUGCCCGGCCUCAGGGCUCAGGCAGCGGGGACAGACGGACUCUCUCUUCAGGGUUUUAUGGAUUGACUUUGAACUGAGAUCAGGAUUCAAACCUGCGGAGCUGACUUGAGUAUGUCACCGCCCCUCCAGCUGUGGGACAUGACAAACCGAACAUACCUCAUCUUUUUAUCUCAGUAUUUUCAGGCCUAUUUUUCCACAGUGUCGCUUGAUUCCUUCUUUUCCUUCAGACUCAGGUGUGACGGUUCGCUUCCUGCCUUGCUUCACAGCCGCUGCAGUUGUUUUAAACGUUGUUGUACAUGUUGUGUAAAAUAAGUUCAGGACCUUUGUUCCCAAGAGAAUCUGGAUUUUCAGUUGUUUUUGAUUUCAUGGACGGAACGUGUUUGUGUUUUAUCAUUAUUUUUGUGCAAUAUGAAAGAAAAGAGGAAAAAGCAGCAGCAGCAGCAUCCUGAGUUUCUUUUUGUAGCAGAGGAGGAAAGUGUGAAUAAAUCAGCUGGAACUGAGUCCCCUGCUCUGACUGGUUAUUGGUCCCAAUCAUCUGAUCACAUGGUCUUCACUCACAACAGACAUGAAUGUUCAGGUCACGUGACAAAGUCCAAACACCUGGUUACUGUUCUUCAUAUUUAUUUUCUACGUUUGAACACAAAUGUGUGAACGUUCAGAACUUUGAUCCUUUGAUUCAGCUCGAACAGACAACAGAGAAAAGUGUUUGUGUGUCUGUCGGUGCUGAUGUAACACAACAACACAAAGUCAAAGAUGUCACACACCUUCUCUGGACUUCAUGAAGGAACACUUUCCAUUCUCAAAUCUUUGAAUCUAAGUCAGAGCAAGUGAGAUAUUCUGAACUCUAUUUCCACACUAGUUCAGACACAGUCGAUAGAAAUGAUCUUCACAGGGAAACUUUUAACGUUACUGCAGUAAAGAGGUUCAAUCAGUACUUGUACUUUUACUCGAGUAGUUUUGAGUAUUUGUAUUUCUACUGGAGUAAAGAGUGUCUGGACUUUUACCUUCUGAGUCCAUGAAGAUGUUCCAGGUGUGAAAAGGUCAAAGUUCAGUUUCACUCUGGAACAAGUUUAAAUGUAGUUUUACUGCUGAAGCUGCUAAAUAAAGCUCAGUCGUCACAUGACGUUGGUUCACAGUCUAAACAUGUAAACGACUUGAACCUGGAUUGAAUCUGUGAAUCUGGUCUGCGACCGGUUUUUAACUCACGUUCAUUAAUUCAUCUUUUGGUCAUUUAGUUUCUGUCAGAAACUCAGAAGGACAAGUAGUGUAGACAAGUGUGUUUUUUACUGCAGGUUUUCUAUGACGUCUUCAGAUUGUUCAAAAGUUUCACACUGAUCCUUAAACACAUUUAUGUUGACGUU